CCGAUUAUUCGUCCUUGGAUCGCCGGAAGAGGGACAGUAUGGCCGGCGGCGCUGCCGAGGGCUUUGAUUCCUGCGUCGUGUGCGGCAAUCUCACCAAGAAACAGUGCGCCGGCUGCAAGAUGGUCAAGUACUGCUCUGAAGCUUGUCAAAAAUCUCACUGGUCUGAGCACAAGUUAAGAUGCAAAGAGAUGAAGUCACUGUACAAAGCUAACUAUAAAAUGCCAAAAUCCAAUUUGAGGGGAAGGAAAGCUUCAGUAACACCUUUGGACGGAAGCUCAAAGAUUUACAAACCUUCAAACAAAAUACUUUUCCCAUAUGAGGAAUUUCUAGAAUUUUUCACUUGGGACAAACCAGGCUAUCCUCCUUGUGGACUUCUUAACUGUGGAAACAGUUGCUUUGCUAAUGUGGUUCUUCAGUGUCUCGCAUACACCCGGCCACUUGUUGCCUACUUGUUGGAGAAAGGCCACCGCAGAGAAUGUCAAAGGGAUGAUUGGUGCUUUCUUUGUGAGUUUCAAUUGCACAUGGAAAGGGCUAGCCGAAGUGAUAAUCCUUUUUCUCCAAUGAACAUUCUUUCAAGAUUGCCUAACUUAGGUGGUAAUCUUGGAUAUGGGAAACAGGAGGAUGCCCAUGAGUUUAUGAGGUUUGCCAUUGACACGAUGCAGUCUGUGUGCCUUGAUGAAUUUGGUGGAGAAAAGGUAGUUCAUCCUAGCUAUCAAGAGACAACCCUAAUUCAACAUAUAUUUGGGGGUCGUCUUCGAUCACGGGUUAUAUGCGGGGAAUGCAGCAAUGUUUCAAACCAAUUUGAAAAUAUGAUGGAUUUAACUGUUGAAAUUCACGGGGAUGCUGGAUCUUUGGAGGAGUGUUUGGAUCAAUUUACUGCCAAAGAGCGGCUUCAUGGGGAUAAUAUGUAUAAAUGUGAUGGUUGCAAUGCAUAUGUCAUGGCUUGGAAGCGCCUUACUGUUGACCGAGCACCAAACAUUCUUACAAUUGCCUUGAAAAGAUUCCAGAGUGGAAGAUUUGGGAAACUUAAUAAGAGGGUGACUUUCCCAGAGACAUUGGAUCUUAGCCCAUACAUGAGUGAAUUGGAAGAUGGAAAUGAUACUUACAAGCUGUAUGCUGUUAUUGUCCAUGUGGACAUGCUGAAUGCAUCUUAUUUUGGCCAUUACAUAUGUUAUAUUAAGGAUUUCCGUGGAAGCUGGUACAGAAUUGAUGAUUGCAGGGUUGCUAGCGUUGAUUUGGAUGAGGUGCUUUCACAGGGAGCCUAUAUGCUCUUGUACAGCAGGCUUGCACUGGUUUUGACAGAAUACAUGCUCGCCCAUCAUGCUUGCUUCCCACUGAAUUGCUGAUGAAAGAAGAAAGUGAGAAAGUGAAAAUAACUGAAGUGGGCUCUUCUUCCACAAUACAACAUGCUGAGUCAUUGCCUGAUGUAGUUUGCACUGACAGUUUUGUCGAUUUGGAGCAAUCAUCUACAAAUGGUUUGGGGUAUCAGGUCAAUG